CCAUAAUCAGCUGACGUCACGAUGGUCCGCCAUUAUAACAACUUCAUUGUAAAAUCAGCUGUAAAUUUUCAUGAAAUGUGAUUACUGUUUGAAUUAUUUUGUUAUAUAUACGCAUUCAAAGGCAUCUGGAGAUUGUAUCAAGCGGAUAGGAGUUUACAAGCUCAACAUUCGCUACGACAGGUGGCAAUGGAUGGCUCUGAGCAGCCCUCGAGCCUGCAGUCUCUCUGUCACGUCAGAGCUUGUGAGCUUUUUCCCAAGUCCUCUCCAGAAAUUGAGGACGAGAAACUGACUGUUCCGUACGAACCCAUCUGUGGCGAAUCAGUUGAAUAUAUUGGACGGACGACUGAGGGUGUAUUAGCUCUCUCUAACUACCGAAUAUAUCUACAGCUUAAAGACACCUCCUAUAACAUUCCACUUGGACUCAUUGAACUCCUCGAAGUGAGAGACAUAUUUUUCCUACAUAUAGCGUGCAAAGAUGCACGUUCAGUAAGGUGCACUUUUUCUACUAACGAACACUGUCUGGAAUGGUACCGACGUCUACACAGAUUGACGUCCCCACCGAAGAACAUAGAACAGUUCUUCGCCUUUGCGUUUUACGCCUGGGCUCACGAGGCCGGAGGGGAGGAAACGAGUUCACGCCUCGGCGGGCCGUCUCCGUCGCAGAGCUGCACCUUUCGUGCUGAAGUAGAAAGGCUUCAGUUUGAUGUGCACGGCGCAUGGCGUAUCUCCCAAGCGAAUGCAGAUCAUUCUUUGUGUCCGUCAUAUCCUCGACAACUUCUCGUGCCUGCGUGCAUAUCUGACGAUACGCUAGAAGGUGCUGCACGGUUUCGCAGUGCGAGGCGUGUCCCGGCAGUCGUCUGGAGGCAUACUGGAAACGGAGCUGUCAUUGCUCGUUGCAGUCAACCUGAGGUUGGGUGGUUAGGGUGGCGUUCAGCUGAAGAUGAAGACUUGAUAAAGGCUAUCGCAGAUGCGUGUGCCUACGAUCGUGGCCGACAAACGAUGCUAGACUUGGGUGGCACGUCGACACCUACAGAAAAUGGCUCGGCAUGUGUUCCUAAUGACUGUGAUGGUAGCAGUAACCACGUGGAAAGCACCAGUCCUAAUGAACCUGGAAAGAAGGUACUGAUAAUGGAUGCACGAUCUUACACUACAGCUGUGGCUAACAGGGCUCGUGGUGGAGGAUGUGAAUGCCCAGAGUACUAUCCGAGUUGUGACAUCCAGUUCAUGAAUCUCGCCAACAUUCACUCCAUUCGCAAGAGCUUCCACGCUGUCAGAAAUCUUUGUGCUACUGCAGCUGAUCAACCUAAUUGGUACAGCCUCCUAGAAGGCACACGCUGGCUGCAGCACAUGUCGGGCCUCCUGCGGGCGGCGGUGACUGUGGCGUCGGCCGUGCACGUGGACGGGCGACCCGUGCUGGUGCACUGCUCUGACGGGUGGGACCGCACGCCGCAGAUAGUCGCACUUGCGGAGCUGCUGCUCGACCCCCAUUACCGCACCCUGGACGGUUUUCAAGUUCUUUGUGAACGGGAGUGGCUAGAUUUCGGGCACAAGUUUGCAGACAGAUGUGGCCACACCGUUGGAGUCGACGACCAGAAUGAGCGGUGUCCUGUUUUCUUGCAGUGGCUCGACUGUGUACAUCAGAUACUGCUGCAAAAUCCUUGCAAUUUCCAGUUUUCUCAUUCAUACUUGGUGAAACUGGCUCAGCAUACGUACUCAAAUCUGUUUGGGACCUUCCUCUGCAAUACAGCUCAAGAACGGGAAAAAGCAAAUGUAUACGGCAGAACUUUCUCAGUUUGGAAAUUUUUAAAAUCUCCAAACUUUAGAAACCAUCUGUACACGAGAAAAGAUGAGCCACUGUGGCCAUCUUUCAGUGUGCGGGACCUAGUUUUGUGGAGUGAGGUGUAUCUUGGUACAUCAGAGUCCACAGCCACACCUCAUGCAGGAUCUGAAGCUACCUCAACAAGUGUACCACUUUCUGGGGGAAUGAUUGUGGGAGCAGACGUAACGAGCCAAGGUGACAGUGGACAUUCAUCGGGAGCCAACUCGGGAGUGCCUACUUCUCCUCUUCCAAAAACACGUUCUUACGGGGACUUGAUGGUAGCUGCAGACCACCGUUCCCAGAGACGUUCCAGUGACCCCAGUAUUGCUGUUGAUCUCUUGAAACUAGAAGGACUGAAUGAUGCGGUAACUGCAGAAGAUGUCUCGGCUGCCGCCGUGUCAAAAACUGACAACAGACAGAAGCAGAUAAUUAUGCACGACUUGUGUCUGGGAGAUGAAGACUCUUCGGACAGCACUUCGGACCCGGGUUUCAUCGAUGCACCACGUGCAGCUUUUGAUGACGAGGAUGAUGAAAAUGAAGAAUCUACAACAGAGUCCAGAUCUGAGGCAACGCAGCUUUGCGCGACAACCAUACCAGAACCAUCGCAGGAGUCAGCAUGUGAGUCAGCAGACGCAUUGAACGUUGCACUUCCAUCUGAAGCUGCAGGCAGUACUGCUGUAGCAGUUGCAGAGAGCUCUACAGAGACACUCGUUGCUGAAGCUCUGGUACCCACCCCCUGCAGUUCGGGCUCGUCAACACCACCCCACCUGUCUGCUGACGUUUGCCAGUCGUGCCGAGCCAGAACGGGUGCCAGCGGUAGUGGCAAGACGUCUCGUUAUUCCACACCUCCGCCAUGUUCAUCUCUGUCGAGAACGCCUAGCUCAGGAUAUCCAGCUACACCAGUGGACGAGUGCAGGCCGGCUCAGAGCAAUACUGGAACGGGAAUAUCCGGGACUGCAUCGGGACCGGGUUGCAGACUGGACGAUGUGGACGGGCUCGCCCAUGUCCGCAACGAAGUGCAGACGCGAUUACAGCAGAUCAUAGCUGACCACAAGGCAAAGGAAGAAUCACUACAAAGGGAACUGCACACAACUAGGUUAGCAUUAAUGCAGCAAGUCUGUCAUCAAUGCAACCAGACCAAUAUAGAGAGGCCGGAUGAUGUAGGCUCCUUGCCAGAGUCGGUAUGCAGUGGAGAACAGCCAUCAGCAGGAGAGUCCCUGCCUUCUGAUGUCUCGUGGGAGAACCUGGAGGAGCGCGAUGCAGGGCCCACCCUGUGGGUCCCCGACCACGCUGUUAAUCGGUGCAUGGGAUGCGACACAGAAUUUUGGCUAGGCCGUCGCAAACAUCACUGCAGGAACUGCGGGAAGAUAUUUUGCUACGACUGCUCAGAAUUUGUGAUGCCUCUGCCAAAUGAACAAUUAUACGACCCCGUGCGAGUUUGCACAGGCUGCUUUGCACGUCUGCAAGAAACCGCAGUGCCACAGCCAUCUUCGCGAACUGCCUUGCCGCAAGUCUCUCUGGCCAGGCCACAGCAGGGUAUUUCUCUGGGCAGCGAGAGUGGGGCGUACCCGCUGCGACCGGGGCCACCUGCAGAGAACUGCAAGCAGGCCACGGCUUCGGAUCACGUUGCCAAGUGCUCCAAGUCGGCUGUGACGGCGGCGUCCACGUAGGCGCACUGUUUCCUUUUUAAUUUUUCCUCCAUUGUGACCCAGGCUCACUGUGCACAAACUAGGCAAAAAAAAAAAAAAACUUCUGUG